UAUGAGUCAUCGUCGUUUUUAUUAUUGCUCCUUAUGACUGUAAAUUUAUUCAUUGACUUUCAAAUGAAGUCACAUUACAGUAAUUUCCUCGACGCAUUAACGUAUUAGACAUCUAGCAGUGAUCUACUGUUCUAUAACAAUGGAAAAAACAGUCACUUUCUUUUUUAUCUGUCUGAUAUCUAAGGUUAAACCCACACCAGUCAGUCUUUAUACCCCUGCAGAUAAUAUCAAGAUCCUCGACGUUAGUAAUUUUAAGGAAAAAGUUGAAAACUCCACUAGUGCUUGGUUAGUGGAAUUCUACGCGAGUUGGUGUGGUGAUUGUCAAAGAUUUGCCCCUAAAUGGAAAGAUUUCGCCAAUGAUGUAUUAGACUGGAGAGACAUAGUGCAAGUAGGUGCAGUGGCAUGUUCUGAUGAAAUUAACACCCCUUUAUGCAGAGAAAUGGGAAUUUUUAAGUAUCCAACAGUGAAAUAUUUCCACGAAAAUUACCAAGUAAGUUCGCGUAAUGUAGGUGUAGACUUGGUUCAUGACGACGAUACAGACCCUUCUAUAAAAGAAAAAGUUCUUAAAUAUUUGAUAAGAGAAGUUCAUGAAGGAAGACGUAACAAUUAUCCUAAUUUAUUACCAUAUAAUCAUGAGCAUCUUGAACAUUUAUAUGACGACGCUGCAGACAACGUCGAGUUCAUUUUCUUGGUGAUAGCAGACACUGGAUACUUAGGUGCUGAACUGGCAUUAGAUUUACACAAAAUUCCUGCUGUUGCUGUUAGAUACUCGUCAGUUAACAAUUCCAUCCUAAAAACAAAUUUAGGUAUAGAAAACUAUCCUACUGUCCUUGUUUUGGAUAAAAAUAACAAGUCAGAAAUUUUCAAAAAUGCCACCACUAGUGAUGAAAUUAAAAGUACAGUUAGUGAUUUUUUGCAAAGUAAAGGUAUUAAUUUGGAAAUGAAUCUUAGUGAAGAUAAUACAACCUCAAAUAACACAGAUCUGCAUUUAGAUCGUCUUCCUGUAACUCUGCUUCGUCAACAUAUCAGAAAAAUGGGGGACGUCGUCUUUCAGGCAGACUUAGAAGCAGCUCUGCGAUAUUCACUCCAACAAGAAGUGUCAUCAGUAGAAGUAAUUAAAGACGAAAAACUAAAGACCCUCAAAGACUACUUGAGCGUUAUUAACAAAUAUUUUCCUUUUGGUUACAGAAGCUCCUCUUUAAUAAGUCUGUUGAUCAAUGUCACAUCACAAGCGAAGGAAGUUAGAGGUAACCAGAUACAAGAUUUAGUUAAAGAAGCAGAGGAAAAUAACUUAUUUUCUUCACCACGACGUUUUAUUGGAUGUUUAGGAAGUUCGCCGUCCUUUAGAGGAUACCCCUGUUCAUUGUGGACUCUUUUUCAUUAUCUAACAGUUAAUUUUGCUGAUGCCAAUGCUGACAACCGUAACGUCAAUCCUAGAGAAAUUUUGGAAACUGUGCACAGUUAUGUUAAAAAUUUCUUUGGUUGUAAAGCCUGUAGUUUACAUUUUCAAGAUAUGGCUACUAAACGAAAUAUGAUGAACGUUUCAUCUCUGGAGGAUUCGGUCUUAUGGUUAUGGGAGAGUCAUAAUGUUGUUAAUGAACGUCUGAAAGGAGAUCCGACUGAAGAUCCAGAAUAUCUGAAAGUGCAGUUUCCAACUAGACACAACUGUCCAGAGUGUUACGCUGAAUAUGGCUUCUGGGAGAGAAGUCAGGUGUUGGCAUAUCUAAAAAGAAUGUACGGAAGAUUUAAUGUUAGAUAUAUUGGUUCAGAUACGAGUGUAAUAUUUCCAGGUUUAGAUUAGAAUGUUUUGUGAUUAAAUUAUAACAUAGAAAGUGUAUUCCAUAUUUAAUUUUAAGUGUUAAUAUUAAAUUAUUGAGAUAAAUUUAACGUAAAUGACCAUGUAAAUAAAUACAUAUAGAGAUGUUAAUAUAUGUAUUCUGAUUUCCAUGAACUUAAACAGCUACAUUCAUGUGAGUUAGUUAAUAAUUUCGACAGUACAAAAGUAGAUUUAGGACUAAAUACCCAAAUAAAUGCAAAGUUAGGUAUUUAUGUAAUAUUAUUUUCUACAAAUAAUUUCAAUAUCAUGGAUCGUUUUAAACAAAUUGACGUGGUGUCUUAUGGAAAUUAAAACAUUUACUUUAUAGUGUGUCAAACAUAUUGUGGGUAACGUAUUGUAAACAUAAAGCACCAUUACUAAUUGAUAAUGGCCUCUAGGUGAUUAUCGUGUGCAUAUAUUCCUUUGUGUGUUGUAUAUCUAGGUUUAUUUGAACGCUGACAGAAACCAUAAUUAUAUAAUAUAUUUAUAUAAUAUAUAUUUAAUUAUAUUAUAAUAUUUGA